AUGGGCGUGCAGAAAGACCAACACAGUGAUACCCCGCCACAGGCCCCUUACCCUCAGCUUGUUCUGUUCGGCGAUUCGCUCUUCCAGGGCUGCAGUGACAUUCAGGACGGCUUCUCCUUCCAGGGAGCUCUCCAGAAUCACUGCAUGCGCCGUAUCGACGUGGUGAAUCGUGGCUUUUCCGGAUAUAACACAUCUCAGUCACUAAAGAUAAUCGAGAACGUCUUCCCGGCGCCCACGCCCAGUGGACCGAAGCUCGAAAUUCUUGUUGUGCUGCUCGGUGCAAACGAUGCUGCCCUGGUGAUGCCGGAGUUGAGCCAGCACGUACCGCUGGAUGAGUACAAGGCGAACCUGAAGACGAUUAUCACGCACCCCAACAUCACAGCCCACAAGCCCAAGAUCCUCCUGGUCACGCCUCCGCCCCUGGACGAGAUCAAGAUCACGCAGGCCGACCUGGAGUGGGGAUGGCCGCAUGCCACACGGCAGCAUGCGAUCAGUGCAUCAUACUCGGAGGCGGCUCGGCAGGUCGCGAAGGAGGUGGAGGGCACCAUCCUGAUCGACCUGUACAGCCUGAUCAUGGAGUACGCCAUCUCCAAGACGCCCGGCUGGGACGCCAGCCUGCCGAAGCUAGGGACCCCGGAGUGCGGGCAGCGCGGCUACCUGGAGAAGCUCCUGCCGGACGGCCUUCACCUGAGCGGCGAGGCGUACCAGGUCCUGUUCAAGGCCAUAGUGCCGCACGUCAGGCCCGAGUUCCCGAACCUGGACACCGAAGGCUACGUCUACCCAGACUGGAGAAACGCCGAGUGGUUUGAGAACAAUGCAAAGAAAUGA